UAAGCAUAAAUAGCUGUUUCCGGUUUUUAUUAUAAUGUAAACAAUCGAUCAAUCUUUGAAUCUAUCAUCUUGGACGUAGAAUCUAGCAUUGUAACCAGCCAGAAAUACUUUACCAGGCAUAAUGGAAUCUAUUGAGCAGCCUUUUGACAGCAUUACACGUAUAGUUCAUGAUAUGCCAGAUAUAGGAAUGAAUGAUAAAACUGGAUUGAUUGAAACUGACAGACCAGGGAAACCAAUCCACAAUGGAGAUAGCCCUGGUGCUGAGUCAUCUCCUUUACACCAGUUGAAAACUACCAACAGCAUACUGUAUGGACCUCAAAAUAGAGGGCUGCGUGUCAUUAUCGUUUCUGCCAUUGUAUUCUCUGUAGCCAUCACCAUUGCUUUGAUUCUAACUAUCUACUUAGAGCCGAAGCAGGUUCAUGGCCAUGCUGCCGUAGCCUGUGAAGAUGUACGCUGCAGUGACAUUGGCUUGAGCAUCCUUAAAGAUGGUGGAAAUGCUGUGGAUGCUGCAGUGGCAACUGCCUUUUGUCUUGGAGUAGUUAAUCCUGCUCAUUCUGGGAUCGGCGGAGGAGGAUUUGGUCUAGUUCAUGACCAUAAGUAUAAACUCUCCUGGGCUUACAACUUUAGGGAAGCAGUUCCUGCAAAGUUGGCACUCGAUGAACUGAAUGUUCCAAACAAAGAAAAGAGCAUCAAAUCAGCUGGCGUGCCAGGGCUUGUUAAAGGCUUGCAUGUUAUACACAAACAGCAUGGCCAAAUGCCCUGGAAAAAAUUGCUAGAGCCUUCAAUUGAACUGGCAUCUUCUGGUUUCAACAUAACUAAAGAAUUAGCUGAAUUACUAAAGGCAGUGAAUCCUCCUUUCAAUGAUGCAGAAUUAAGGAAUCUCUUUAUGCGAGAUGGAGUCAUGAAAGGUGUCAAUGACACUGUUAUCUGGCCUUCACUUGGUGAAACACUAGGACACAUAGCCAAUGACCCGGACAGUUUUUAUACUGGAUCCCUGAUGCGAAAGUUUGUGAACACUGUAAAAGAACUUCAAGGAUCCAUAACUGAAGAAGACAUGAAGAACUACACAGUCACUACACCUGAGGUGCUGAAAACAAAAUUUAAAGAGCUCACUGUCGUCAGCUUACCCCCACCAGCUGGAGGAACUCUUGUUGCCUUAAUUCUGAAAAUGGCUGACACAUUAGGCUGGAAAGCCAAUCAAGCUAACACCACUCUGGCAUACCAUCAACUGAUUGAGAUCUACAAAUUUGUCUACGCCCACCAGUCUUUGUUGGGGGACCCAGCGUUUAACCCUCAGAUGUUGAACACCAGCAGAGAUCUAUUGUCAGAUGAGUUUGUUGCUUUCCUUGUGGGGAAGAUCAAUGAUAACACCACAUUCAAUCAGACGUCUCACUAUGGGCCUUUCUCUCCCCAACCCAGUGCAGGGACCUCGCACUUGACUGUGAUUGAUUCCUCUGAAUUGAUGGUCUCCAUGACUCUAAGUAUAAACUACAAUUUUGGCAACCAGAUCACUGUUGGGGAAAUGGGAAUCAUACUAAACAACGAACUGCUGGACUUAAAUUUGAAUAACUUAUCACUUCCUAAUGGUUUUGCUGGUGGCAAGAGACCCCAGUCCUACAUGAGCCCAACAAUUCUAUUUAAUGAUGAACAUCCUUGUGACCACAGAAUUAUCAUUGGAGGAUCUGGUGGAGACAAAAUAGUCGCAGGUGUAGCAGAGUCCAUUAUUAAUGCUGUCGUCUUCAACCAAAACUUGUCCAGUGCAGUAUGCUCCCCCAGGGUUCACAAUGAACUAACUCCAGUCACAUGGUAUGAAGAUGGCAUCAGUGAAAAUAUACUCACGGAGCUCAGAGGAAAGAAUCACUUCCUAGAGCGUCUUCCCCCUGCAGAAUCAGCUGGUAUCAAUGGCAUAGAGAAAACCAAUGAUGCUAUCCUGCCGUAUGCAGACUACAGAAAAUUUGGUGGAGUUGCGAUGUACUGAUGAUGGACCUCAUUGUUGGUGCUAUUCAUUUGUUACACUUAUUCUAUAUUUAUUUGUUUUAUGUACAGUUCAUGAAGUUUUAUAUUUGAGGUUGACAAGGUUAAAUGUUGGGAUAAACUCAAGUGUAGCCACACAAUAUUUGCUCUUCAGGAAAGGAAAGUAACUCUAUCUCAAAGUCUUUAGGUCAGGCUUGUAAUGCUGUUGAGUCACCAAUGAGGUUGAGAAGUCAAAUGAUUAAAAAAGAGAAAUUUAAAUCUUGUCUGGUUCAUUAAGGAAAAUGGAGAGACCACUUUUUGUUCGCCCUUCUUGAAGCAGGUGACUCAAAACACGAGCCUCAGCUUGGAUGAAUAUUCCUUUGAAAGAUCUUCAAUUCUUGUGAUACACAUUUUUUUUCCACAGUUGCAUUUUUUUUGUUUUUGUUUUACACUGUGAAAUAUUUGCAAGUUAAUCAAUAAAAUGGAGGCAAAACUUAAAUAUCUGUAUUUUGUCACUGGAGCAGAUUUGUGAAGUGAUGCCCACCAGAAGUAUACAAGCUUGAUUUCUAGAUUUAAUUAAAAAAAUCCUCAUAAAAUAGUAAACAGGUGUAGUAUUUCAAUCUUAUAUUAUUAUUAUUAUUGAUCAGUGUACAUUUUAUAUUCAAACUAUUAUUAUAGAAAUUAUUGUGUUAUUAUUAUUUAUGUGUAAUAUUAAGGUCGAUUGUUUGUAAAUCACUAUUUAAAUGAACUCCAGCAAAGACAUAAAUUAAUAUGUGCUAUUAGGUAAACUAAUUAAGUUUUUUUUAGAAAUUACUUUUCAAUCACGUAAAGUACAUUUAUUGUUGAUGGAAAAUCAUUUGAAACACUAAAAUUCCCCAAGCAGUUAUCUUUCCUUGGUUCCUGAUCAUAAAGACUUGCAUUACAUUGAGGGAUGAACUAGAAACAAAUGUUUUAAGUUUAUUUCAUGAAGCUUUGAGUUUUUCAAUAUUGUUUGUAAGAAUCUCAACUCUUUUGAUUACUUCAUGCUACAUCUAGCUAGACUCGUUACACUACUUAGUUUUGCUGUAACUAGAACAUUUUGAACACAAAAACAAAUGACUUUAUUGGAUUUUGACAUCAGAGAGUGGGCUGGCCUAGAUACAUUAUAAAGGAGGCUGACCUAGAUAGAUGCCAUCAAUAAAGGGGCUAGCCUGAAUUAUGACAUCAAGGUGUAGACUGGCCUGAAUAGAUGACAUCAAGGAGUUGGAAAAGGGGGGGAGGGUGUUUCUGCCUAACUAGACAAUAUAAAUCCAGGGAACAAAUCAACGGGCGUAGCCGGUGUUUACUUCUAGUAGAUCUUUAACAAAUAUAUAAUAUGAACAGAUAACAUCAGAUGUGAUCUGGAUAUAAGGCAUCAGAUUUGACCUGGAUAGAUCACAUCAUAUGUGGUUUGGAUAGAAGGCAUCAGAUGUCGCAUGGAUAGAUGACAUCCGAUGUGGUCUGGAUAGAUGACAUCAAGACUUAAGUCUGUUUUAUUGAUCCUUAUGGAAAUGUGUUGUGAUUACAAGGACUCUUUUUACAUAUAAAGACAACACAACAGAAACAUACAUAUAAAUACAACAGACUCAACCUAAAGAGUUCAUUCAUCGACUACACACAGGCAUCUUGGUCCUUUUAAUUUUUCCUGAUCAACGAGUGGCGUUGAUAAAGUCUGACCGAUUAAGGAACGAAUGAGUUUUUGUACCGCCCUGUUCUUGUCUUGGUUGACAGAAGUCGCCUACCAUCUGUUAUCAGAUUUUGCAUAGUCACGCCGUAAAAAUGAUCUGGUCUGGAUAGAUGACAUAAGGAAGAAGCGGCCUAUCCUCCUCCCAGCAUGACAGACUGUAGAAAUGAAAGAGUCACAACAAAUCACAAAAUCCAUUCUCCCCACAACAAAAUAAAAAAAAUAACACGGGAUCGUACACAAAAUGAAGGCAGAAACAUUUUAUUUGUUGUCAUAAGCAAAACUUAAUCUUGACAUUUUUUGUCCCCCCCCCCCAAAAAUGCAACUUGAGGUUCAUUUAGUGACUAUAGUUUAUUGUCCUGUAUGUUACGCAGUUUCAUCAAUGAUUUGUAUAAAUGGUGUCAUCAGGAAGCUGUUGUUACUUUUUUUCCUUGUGCAAACUCAAGUAAACAAGGAAUCAGAUGGCGAAUCAAUAAUUCCAUUUAUAAAUGGAGAGCUUCUUAGCAUUCGUGUAGACCCUAAAACAGACUUUGGAUUAUGUCCAUUGAUGAUUGUAGAACUUUUUGGUGGCUGGAGCACUCUAGAUUGAAGUCUUUCUGUUUCAGAAUCUCCAUUCGUCUGGUCUAAAAGUCUUUGAUUUGUUGGCUGUGAAAUAAAAUAAAAAAUGUGAACAUUUACAUUUGUAGAGCAUCGUGUCCAUUGGCGGGAAGGAAAGGCUGCCUGGUUUCAGGUUACCCGCCAGAGGGCGGUUCGCGUAGCAUUUUACACAAAAUAUGCACAAUAGAAAGACUAACACCAUUAGUAAAAUCACUAAAUGUUGACACUUAAGGGCAGAAGAUUAAACAUUAAAGUAGCAAUACGACAUAAUAUAAUAAACCAUAGUUUACAAAUUAGAAAAACAAAACCUAAUAGAAUGCUCACAAAGACACGAAGAUAAAGGAACAUUUCUUAUUCCAAAUGUUGGGACAAAUUCGUACAAGUGAUCCUUCUUCCCCAGUGGAGUUAGAGUAUGUAAUGGUUUGCCUUAAUCAGCUAGGAAUACCAACGACUUAGCAGAAUUUAUGUCUCUGAUUAACAUGCAUGUCUAGAUUGACACAUGAAAUGCGUAGGACGUAAUUAUCUUCUCUUUUGAAUUGACGUCUGUAAUAAAAGAUCUAGUUCCUCCGCAGUAUUUCUUUGUCUUACCAGAAGCUUGAGAAAGUCAUUUGCUGCUCGAAAUAAGCCAUCACGCUUUUGGUUUGCAUUGAAGAGCUCUCAUCAAUGAAAAUGUGAAUGUCUGUGUGUGUGUUUUGUGCAGAGCUCUAUAGAAAGUUUGUUGUGUGCUGAGUGUAAAGGUCAUGAACUUUUCACUUGUCAAGUAAAGAUAAGAUAACAUUUAUUGAUCCAAUCAAAUGGAAAUUCGGUUUGACUACAAUUGACAACCUCAGCGUAACUACUGUACAAUAACAAUAUAGAUGCACAUACGAACGACAUUCACACACGAAAAACACAUACACACACAUAAAGGGCACACAUUUUCAUGCGAAGGAUUAAAAAAAAAAGAUCAAUCGAAUUUGUAGUAAAUUUCGAUUAGAGAAUGUAGAUUUCUAUAAAUAUCUCACCUUAUUGUCAAGAAGGCUUCUUAAGCCUUCCAGAUUGAAUUUGAUUCCAGAAGUUACAUCCCAAAAGACAAAACACAGGGCCAGAAAGAAAUACAAAAUUGUACACUUCAUUUUGGAUCUGCAAAUAAGCUUCAUGAAAUCAAACAAAUCUUUCGGUCUGCAAGACCUAAUUAAAACAUAACAUUGAUAUAUUGUUCGCUGGAUACACACAUAUUUCAUUUAUGAAAAUUCAUCUUUAAUAAAACAACGCUACAAGUUUA